AGUCUCCGGCGCAGCUCAGUCUGCCGCCUCCCGUAUCCAAACGCACAGUGACGGAGCCGCCGACAGAAUUCAUAAUGUUUUAUAUAGGAAAAUCUCCAGGGUUUGCCCGAGAGGCGUUGCCUGAUAGUCUGAUAGUCUGACAUGAAGAGUAUACGCGGAUUGUUCCUCCUUCAGCAGCUGUUGUGAGAUGUUCUGCGUUUGCCAUGGCACGAGGUCUGUUUCCAUGGGGGUUCUUCAGAAAGCCUCUGUACAUCCAGACCAGAUUUUCCUACCUACACAUGAAGUACCUGUUCUUUUCCUGGCUGGCAGUGUUUGUGGGGAGCUGGAUAGUCUAUGUGGAGUACUCGUCCUACACAGAGCUGUGUCGUGGGCGCGACUGCAAAAAUUCAAUAUGCGACAAAUACAAAAAGGGAGUCAUUGAUGGCUCGGCCUGCAGCAGCCUGUGUGAGAAGGACACGCUUUACUUGGGGAAGUGUUACACUGCCAAUGCCAACAGCCAGGUGUACUCUGGGAUCUGGGGAGAUCUGGAGGGAGUCAUUAAGUGCCAGAUGGAGGAGGUGCCACAGUAUGAUUUGGGGGGUGAGAUGGAGCUCAGGAAAGGGACUACGGCCUUCAACAAGCCCAGCGAGGGGACGUCUGUGGAGAAGUUCAGGGAGAUGAUUCUCAACCACUUAAAGGCUAAAGUGGGGGAUCAGGCAAACCUUGCAGACCUGGCAACACAAGUAUUGUCCAUAACAGAUGCCAACAAGGACGGGCAUAUCUCACUGCCUGAGGCUCGCUCCACGUGGGCUCUGCUGCAGCUGAAUGAGUUCCUGUUAGCUCUAGUCCUGCAGGACAGAGAGCACACACCCAAGUUGCUGGGCUUCUGCGGGGACCUGUAUGUGAUGGAGAAGGUGCCGUAUUCUCCUCUGUACGGGAUCAGUCUUCCCUGGAUCAUGGAGGUGUGGAUUCCUGCUGGUCUGCGUCGCAGCAUGGACCAGUGGUUCACCCCCUCCUGGCCACACAAGGCCAAGAUCUCCAUCGGACUGCUGGAGCUGGUCGAGGACAUUUUUCACGGCACUUUUGGCAGCUUCCUCAUGUGCGACGUGAGCGCCAACACUUUUGGGUACAACGACCGACAUGACCUGAAGGUGAUGAACGCACAGUAUAUUGUUCCUGAAGCCACCUUCCAAGAGAUCAUCAGGCAGCAGCGCUGUGAUGUGGACGAGGACUGUCUCUACGGGGCAGACUGCCUCACCUCCUGCGACCUCACCAAGCACCGAUGUACACCCGAGGUCACCCGGCCAAACUUAGCCAAAGCCUGUGAAGCGCUCAAGGACUACAUACUGAGAGGAGCCCCGUCGGAUGUGAGGGAGGAGCUGGAGAAGCAGCUGUACGCUUGCAUCGCACUGAAAGGUUCAACAGAGCAGAUGGAAAUUGAGCACUCACUGAUUCUGAACAAUCUCAAGACUCUGCUGUGGAAGAAGAUCUCUCACACUAAAGACUCGUAAUAUAUCAGCAAGUGUUGCACAAAGGCACAAGACCGGCUCCUGUCCCUGGAAAGGUUUUAAUAAAAGUGUUGACUCUUUUUACUGUGAAAACAACAGACUAGUUUCCUCGUAUUUAUCUCUACAUAUAUGACUGAAGCAUUUUAUCCUGCAGGAAUGUCACUUUCAUUUUACAGUAAUUCAUGUAAUACUUUGUUUAUAUACUGAAGGAACAUGAGUAAGUGCAAUUUUUUGAAACCAAGACAGAUAUAAUAAAUUUGACUUAAAAACUAUGGUAGCCCAAAAAGUGUUGAAAUGUUUGCAGUGUCUGCUAUACUAGAAACCAUAAAGAGUAUUUUGUGAAGUAAGAUGACUGAUUGCUUCAUGUCUUAUUUCUCAUGUUGCAGAAGUUGCCCGACAAAUCACAGGUUUGUGUUGAAGCAUGCAGAGGCUGCUCAAAUCUUAGCUUGUUAUUUUUAUGACCAGCAUAAGAUCCAAAAAAGGUCAAAGAAACUACAAAUAAAAUUAAUAUUCAAUAAUCCUAUUUGCAUUUUAGUUUUCAUCUUCAACGAUGCUAAUUAUCAAAAUUCAGAUUAAAAAGAAAAUUUGAAAACUAAAAUGCAUUCAUAGAAAUGCUUUUUAAUCUUCAGGAUGAAUACGAAUUUUUUUUAAGUAAAAAAAAAAUGAAAAUUUUAAAUUUUUGAAUUUUCUUAUUUGAAUUUUGAUAAUUUAGGAGGGUGUAUUUUGAAAAUUAAAAAGUAAAUGUCAUUCUUUCAUUUAAUUGUGUGACAUUUAGCUUUGUUAUAGUGCAAAUAUGAUUAUUGAGUAUUCAUUGUCAAAUAAUGCAAACAUUUAGAAAAUAAAAAAACGAACCAAUUCUAAUUUUCGUUUUCAUCUUAAUUUUGGUACGUAUAUGCUUCCAUAAAGAAGGUCAUUUUACAGGCUACAAAGGAGUUUUAGUGCAGAAUAAAAAACCACAUUGUAGGACUGAACUCUUUUUGAUAGAUUUAUUAGAACAAAAGUAUUUUGCACUUGGAACGGAGUCGACUGACGCCUCAAUCUGAAGCCUCCUGUUCCUGUGCCCGGAGGAAGCUGGCCUUCUUCUGGGCGACGCGGUCUUUCCUCUGGCCGAGAGAGAGCUUAGCACGGUUCCACCUGGGACACAGAACAAACAGGAUUGGUAUUUGUAGCUUUUGAAGCGGACAUGAACAGGUGAUCAGAUGUUUCAGGUGUCUCAUAACCCACGUGCGUACCAAACACUAUUCUGUAAUGUUCUCUCACUUUGCCCGAAGUCAGAGACGACCUACAGACAACUAGCACCCUCACAUUAAACAGAGUCCUCACUCUUCACAAGUUUCAUUUCUGAGGCCCUGAAACCAACAUUUACACCGUUUAAAAAACUUUGGGCUUGAGCUCCUCUCACCUCUUCUUCUUGAUUUCUUUGGGAGGCUUCUUUUCUUUGACGGGGUUCUCACGAAUGGUAGCAUGAGCCUUCAGGUACAUUGCCUCAAUCUGAAAGAAAGAAAACCAGUCAAAUGUGUGUCCAGAAGUUCACUCUGUAUGUCCUCUUUAGUUACCAUUUAUCUUUCUUUAUCUUUUACACCUUUAUUUUAAAGAGGAGAGGACAGUGGAUAGGGUAGGGAAGUGGGAGAGAGGGGGGGAAUGAGAUGCAGGAAGGAGGCUGCAGGCUGGACUCUCACCCCGGCCACCCGCUACAUGGGCACGUGACUUAACCAUUAGGCCAAGUCUACGCUCAGUAAAUAGAUUUAGAAGACCUUCUAUAUUUCAAAGUUUGAUCUCAAGAACUUAAAUGAAAAAGGUGAAGCAAAUGUAUGAUCUUGCAUCUUGCAGUUUAGUAAUGACUAGUUUAGUUUAUGUUCAGACUCUCUGGUUUGACUGCACACAAUGCAGGAGAUAGUGAAUAUAUUUCUUCAACUGUGUGGUUAAAAUGAUGCUUUGCAGCUGUAUUUUUAAAUAAAUGCAGAAUCUGCAGAAAUGUGUGCAAAAUUAGUAUGCAAAUUGGUAUUAAGAGCAUAUAACUUAUAAAGGUUAAAAACUAGGCACCAUUUUAAACCUAUUGAUUGAUAUUUACUACAAUUGUAUUCAAACUUUUAAAAAAAAACAACAGUUUUCUUUACAUUUGUAUACAAAAUAAAACUGUUAAUGUCUUUG